UUGUAGCUAGUUCUCUUGUAAAUCCAGCACAGGAGUGAGGACAAGAUCCAUGAAUUGAAGAGGCCUUUCAGGACCUGGCAUAAUGUCACUGUAGAAUCCCACUGUAUUGGAAGCAUCCACCAUAGCUACCUGGGCUUCACUGAUGAAGAAAAAGUCCUGAUUUCAGCUUCCAAGAAGAGCUAGGCAGACUUUCCCCCCAUGAUGAACUGCCUCCAAACCUGCUGCACAAGCAGUGUGAGCCUUGUGUGUGAUUUUGAUGCAGUCAAGGAAAAGUCAGCAUUGUGUGAUGCAGCAUUUAUAGCUAUUACAGCUGGAUUGACUGCAGUACCUCUGCAAACAGGCUCACAUCAGUGGAUUUACAAUAGGUACCAGCUAUAGCAAGACACAUCACAGCAUCCAAGGUGCAAAAUGCCUCUAAAGUGAGGCAUCAUCCCCCUACCCUUGAUUACAAGCAUCAUCUCCCUCUGUUGUCCGCACCCACAAAAUGCAGUGAUCAGGAAUAUGAGAAAGCUGAUGUAUUUCCUUGCUGUUCUUUUGUAACCUGACAUGAAGUAGACAGACACCUUCUGAAGUUUCUGCAUGCUGUGCUUCUCUCCCCACACCCUCACUGCAACAAGAAAAGCCUUUUCUUUUAACCUGGCUUCCUUUGAAGAAGUGACUCAGGCAGCUUCAUGGCCUCUCAAGCUGAGAAAUCUUGCAUCAGGAAGUAGUGAGCCUUUUGAACAUGGUUGACAACAUUCUCUCUAACAAGCUUCUGAAGGACAAUUGAGUGCAAUCAGACUGAAGGGAAGUUCAUGCCAUGUCUUCACUUCAGUUCCAGACAGCUGACUUCUCAUUAAAGGCUAUUGAUGACCAACCAUGGAAUCACGAGAUCAGACACAGAAAGAUACCUUAGGACCGGUCUACAAAACUAUACAAGAGCCUCUUCCCGGUUCUCCAGACCCUCCAGAUCUAGCCAAACUUUCAGAAACAGCCAUCACCUGGAAACCAGCCCAGCCUCCUGGUACUUUGCCUCCUGGUUUGGAAUCCUUAAAACAGUUGGACCAGAUAAUUAUUCAUCAGCAAGUGGAGCUUCUGCAAGUUAUACUGGGAACUGAAACCUGUAGCAAGUAUGAAAUAAAAAAUUGCAUGGGACAAAGAGUUUACUUUGCAGUAGAGGAAAAUGGGUGCUUUGAUCGCAACUUCUGCUCACCGUUGCGGUCUUUCACCAUGAGGAUUACAGACAACACUGGUCAAGAGGUGAUCACUGUGAACAGACCUUUAAGAUGUAAUAGCUGCUGGUUUCCAUGUUACCUGCAGGAGGUGGAAGUCCAGUCUCCCCCUGGGACCACAGUUGGCUAUGUUGUACAGAAAUGGGACCCCCUUUUGCCUAAAUUUACUAUCAGGAAUGAGAGUAAUGAGGAUGUCUUAAAAAUAAUAGGCCCUUAUGGAACAUGUGGCUGCUUUGGAGAUGUUGACUUUGAGGUAAAAUCUUUAACUGAUAUGUCAACUAUUGGCAAGAUAUCCAAGUAUUGGUCUGGAUUUGUCAAUAACAUAUUUACCAAUACAGCCAACUUUGGUAUUCAGGUCCCUGUAGAUCUUGAUGUAAAAAUCAAGGCUGUAAUGAUUGGUGCUUGCUUUCUCCUAGACUUAAUGUUCUUUGAGAACUCCUUGGAUGGAUUGUGAAAAGCAAGAUGAUAGGAACAAUAAAAUAUGCAAACGACAUUUCACACUCCCUUGAGCUCUGGAUAUUCCUUUUAACCUGUACAAUCCUAUGGGCUUGGCUUUUUUGUACGGGGAGAUGAGGUGGGGAGGGCAAUGACCAUAUUUAUUAAACUAUAACUUGUGUAAAUAA